ACCCGUGGCUUCGAACUGGAGGUAGAAGGGAAAGGUCAUCUCACUCCGACCCGCGUUUCAGCGGCGGAGUCGUCGCUUUCGCCGGCUUCCUCAUCGAAGACGCCGUUUGGACCAGCGUCCUCUCCACCCGGUGGCGUUGCCUCUGGACCCUCGCUCCGCUCCGCCUCCUCGACGACUCCGCGCUCCGCUCGGAGAAAUUCCCCAACAAGAAGCUCUUGGCCUUCCUCACGCUCCACGAGGAGGAGCAAUGGCGCGUUUGCGCCUUCGACCGCGCCCUCUCCGCCCACGCCAGCCCCAUCCGGAGCUGCCGCCUCUCCUGUUUCUACUUCCACAUUCCCCUCCUCGACGGCUGCAUCCAAACCCUAAGCCAGAAGGGCGUCCAAGAUCUCGCCCACCUCAUCCCCAUGGAGAAGCGCUUCUACCUCGUGCCCCCUUUCCUCAUCACAUGCUAAUCCCUCCAGCCCGUAGGCUGGAGGAGCUUCGGGCGGCCAUCGAUGGCCUCUCCCCCGUCCACAUCGUCUCGGAGCACGGCGAGAAGGCCUCCAACGUCGUCUACCGUGGCCACCUCCUCAACAGCGGCCGCACCGUCGCCAUCAAACGCUUCUACAGGUUCGCCAGGACCUCACCUGGGCUGCUUCCAGCGUCCUCACUCAGCCUUUAGAAAAUUUGGAGAGGCAGAAGUGGAUCAGCAGGUAUCUUCUCAUGCUUGCUGGAUGGGUUGCAUGGAAGGAAAUUUAUUGACUAACCAUGUGUUACAGAGAUUUGUUUAGGUUUCGUUUAUAUGAUUGUUGAAGCUGCAUUAACAUGGAAUACUUACCUUUCAUUAAGUUUGCCUAUUCAUGUAAAGCCCCCAUCCCUUCUCUCUCUCUCUCUCUCUCUAUCUCUCUAUCUAUCUAUCUAUCUAUCUAUCUAUCUCUAUCUCAUGUUUUCCCUUAUUCUUUCUUGCAUCAAGCAUAGAAGGUUCAAUUUUAUACACCCUUCCCUACAGCUGUGCUUUUGUUCUGGACUGAGUGGUGGGCCGCGAAUGAAGCAACUCAGUCAGCUGCGCUAUUCGCAUCCUUGUAGACAUAUCUGGCCCAUGACAGGCCAUCCUCGCCCACAAAUCGGCGAACAUUACGGAUCAGCGGCCCCGACCUGAUGUCGGGCUCUAUUUCUCGGAUCCAUGCAAUUACCGCAGCCGAGUCCCCCUCGAGCAGGCCGGUCCGCAUCCAUCAUCUGCCUCGCAUAGACGACUCCUUUCCAUGCUGCCUUGAGCUCCGUGCUGACUACAGAUGUGUGAAAGAUCCGUCGGCCCUCUGCUACAAUCAGACAGGCGUUGUGGUCUCUAAUAAUAAAACCCACACUUUCAAUGCAACUAUUAUUGCCAACGCUGUCGCCGAAGUUUACAUUGAAGAAGCUAGGGUGGGGGUUCCCAUGAGACCAAAACGGUCGUAGGCGCUACAUGAGCAGUAGGGGAAUCUCAGAUUUCCCCGAUCAACCUCAGGGAUGCCGAUGGAGCACCCUGGAUGAUCUCCUCCGUGUGAAGAAGAGCCCUCUCAGCUGCUAGACUUGGGUGCACUCUGCUAAUCUCGAAGAUCUGGGCAUUUCUAACUAGCCAACAAUGGUAAGUUAGGUAGGCAGCCCUAGUUCCGAGAAUCUCCAUGCCCGGCCUCCUCACUGAAGUUUUCAAAAAGAACAGAAAGUCCUCAGUCGUCGAUCACGCCAGCUCUAGGUCAAGAGGGCCCCAAGCACAUCCCUAGAUUUAGGUAACCCUCGAGCACCCUCUGAUGACAUAGAAAAUAGACUCCUCCAUUUCCGGGCAGUCCAUGCACGUCGGAAGCACCUACUGCAUCCCUCGCCGAGCCAUCAAGCCUUUGCUUUGCUUUUUUUUUGGUAUAGGUAAUCUCUCCCAUUUGUCAGCAAUCUUCGCUGUUGUAUGAAUGAGUUUCUCAGCCUCUGAGUGCAGUACUCACUGGCAAAGUUUAAAGUGGAGAACACGAAGCAAGUAUAGCUAUUGUCUAGCAAUGCUCCUGAGCCACUGACCAUGUCAACUGCAUUACUGGAAUGGAGCAGUAAUCCUCUCAAAAGUACUGCAGUUUUGGAGGGGUUGUACACAGAGUCUUGUAAUCUGCCAAUGCAAGGUGGCUGGUAUGCAUGAGUAGGUGCUCUGGCUGUGCUGCGGUUAGCUCGCUGUAGGCUGUCAUGCUGCAAACUGUUGCUAAGAGGUGCUGUGGCCAGUUUUGUAUUGAGUUUUUUGAACGUUCCUUAACCCUCCAUGUGGAAAUAUGAACUUGAUGACCGACCCUUGGAGCUGCCCUACUUUUUGUGAGCUCUUCUAGCCAUUUGUUCUUGGUACGAUUGUUGACUAUACAUGUAUAUUCUGACAUUGUUGAUAAAAUAUCUUUUUAUUGCUUCCUGUAUAGCCAUA